AGCAAAAAUGGCGACUGUGAUCAUCUGAUGCAGCAGUCCUGAUUUGAACAUCAGUGUCCAUGUAAAAUGCUGAUCCCAGACACAGCAGUGAGACCCAGUGAAGUAAUACUAUCUCAAGCAUGAAAUGGAAUUAACUGACCAUCAUGUCCACAGAAUCAUCUCUUAAUGCUGCUCACUUUGAGCGAAGCUUGUCUGCAUCAGCUGUUGACCAUACAACAAAUAAAUUCCUGUCAGAAGACUGCAAAAAAGACCAAAAUGGGAACGAGCAGCAAGAAUCUCCAACAGAGGGUCUCUUGGAUCAAACUGCAAAUGGACAUGAGGAAAAGUUAGAGGAAAUUAGCUGUCAGUUCAGAAAUGGCCAUGUUGAAGAUGGUGCUAAUUUAUCAGAUAAAGUUGCAGCAAUAAAAGUGGAAAGCAAUGGACUUAGUACUGUGUCAGAGGAAGAGAAAAAAGAGAAAAUGAAAGGUGAAGUGUUGGGGAAACCCCCUCUGCCUAAAAAUAGAUCCAACUCCAGUGCUGGAAAACAAUCAUGGUUACUGAGAUUGUUCGAGUCCAAAAUGUUUGAUAUGUCCAUAGCCAUCUCAUAUCUUUUUAACUCAAAGGAACCAGGAGUACAAACAUACUUAGGAAAUAGGUUGUUCAGUUUUCCAGAGGAGGAGGUGGACUUUUACUUGCCCCAGCUGCUGAAUAUGUACAUUCACAUGCAUGAUGUAGCAGAGGCCAUUCACCCCUAUAUUGUCUAUAGGUGUCGGCAGAGUGUGGAAUUUUCUCUUCAUACUGCCUGGAUUCUUAGUGCCUAUUCUGCAGAUGUAUUAAAGCCAAACUGGAAAAAUUCACAAGGCAUCAAAUUAAAGAAUAUGAUUCUAAAUGAAGAAUUAAGACCCAAAGUGGAUAAAAAAGUAGGAAACCUGCCAAGCCCCACCAUGCCCACUGUACUCCACCCAUUUACUGCCACCACACCCUCAAAGAAAACACACAGCAGAUCCAAGUCUGAUGCAACAGGUAUUUACUCAAAAUUGACCCACAGUCAGACUACAGGGAACCUCCAAAAGUCGAGUACAGGAGAUUUGUCCUCAGGACGAGCUUUUGACAGUGGCUGUAUUUGUGUGCAGUCCUCAGAGGGCAUUGUCAAUGAUCUCACUGGAAAGGAGACAGUCUGCCAUUGUGGUGCUCCUAGGUUAAAACCAGAAUUGGAAUUUGUCAAUGCACUGAUGAAUAUUGGAACUCGGCUGCAGCAGCUGCCCACUAAAGAACUCAGAACAUCGAGAUUAAUAGCAGAACUAGCCAUGUUGAAUCUGAAUUUGCCUGCCAGAGUCUGGCUUCCUUUCAACACAAACAACCACCAUCACAUUGUGAGAAUUCCCCAUACACAGGCCAUUGUUCUUAAUUCUAAAGAAAAGGCCCCGUAUUUACUGUAUGUGGAGGUUUUGGAGGUAGAGAAUGUCUAUUCUAGUCACAUACCUGGUAAACGACUGGAGAAUACGCUACGUUUUACCAAGUCCGAGGAGGACCUCACCACGUGUUACAGCAGAAAUAAUGGAUCCCCCCACCCCGAGUUCAGCAUUUAUGGAGGGUCGGAGUUCGAUGAUGCUGAAUGCUGGUCACAGGAAGAUGAUGAAAUAUUACAGUUUAAUGUCAAGACGAGAUCAGUAGAUACAUUAUCACAGUUUUCUGUGGAAAGCACCACCAGUGCUGAUAGUAAGGACCCGGUCUACAUUGCAGCAGGAGACAUUAGGAAAAGACUAUCAGAGCAUUUCACAGCUCCUAAAAGCAAAUUUGAGCGUGACCCAGAGGAUCCCUCAGCAGCUGCCCUUAAAGAACCUUGGGAGGAAAAAGUCAAGAGGAUUAGGGAUUCCUCCCCGUAUGGACAAUUACCAAACUGGAAGCUGUCAUCUGUCAUCAUUAAGUGUGGGGAUGACCUCAGACAGGAACUACUGGUGUAUCAAGUCCUCAAGGUUCUAAAGAACAUUUGGGAUCUAGAACAUGUGCCAUUAUGGAUAGAGCCAUACCACAUCCUAGUCAUAUCCAACAUGAGUGGAAUGAUCCAACCUGUGGAUAAUACAGUCUCUAUCCACCAAAUCAAGAAACACAGCAAGAAGUCACUCAAGGAGUACUUCAUCCAGGAGUUUGGAGCCGUGAACAGUGAGGGAUUUCUGACAGCCCAGAGGAACUUUGUACAGAGCUGUGCUGGUUAUUGUCUGGUGUGUUACCUGAUGCAGGUCAAAGACAGACACAAUGGGAACAUUCUACUUGACAGUGAUGGUCACAUUAUUCACAUUGACUUUGGAUUUAUCUUGUCAACUUCACCAGGCAAAAAUCUAGGAUUUGAAAACUCACCCUUUAAACUCACACACGAAUUUGCAGAGGUUAUGGGAGGACUGGAGAGUGAUAUGUUUGAAUAUUUUAAGAUUUUAAUUUUACAAGGAUUGGUAGCAUCAAGGAAGCACAUGGACAAAAUCAUUCCCAUUGUGGAGAUCAUGCAAACAGGUUCAGGACUGCCUUGUUUUGGGAAUGGUGUAAAUACAAUACGGCAGUUGAAGGAGCGAUUUCAUCUGAAUCUGACAGAAGAACAGCUUCAGCUAUACGUGGACCAACUAGUCGAGUCGAGUCUCAACUCGCUUACCACGUCUCUGUACGACAAAUUCCAGUACUUCACUAACGGCAUUCUGUGAGAUUUAGAAAGAGGGAGAGAUUGUAGCAGAAAUGUUGGAUGGUAGAGACUUAGCAGAGAGAAUUUGGAGAUUUAGAAAUUUCCCCGGACUAGUCAGAUAUGGUGUACAUGUAUUAUUGCACAGAAAGUUGCCAAAUUUGUUCACGAUAAUCUCAAACAUGUAAUUUUAUGUGCAAUGGCUACCUCAAAGAAAUGGAUUUCUUCAAGAUAAAUAUACUGUACCAACGUCUUUUAUAAUAAUUUUAAAUUAAAGUUUAAGAAAUAUUUUAGAUUUAACGAGAAAGAGCUCGGAGAAAAUUAUAUGAGACUGUUCAUAUAUUAAUUUUAACAAAAUAAUCUUUUUUUCAUCAAUGAUUGAAAUACUUUACUUUCACAUCAAUGUAUGAAAAUAUUUAUUGUUUUGACUUAAACAAGCUGAAUUGAGAUUUUACUGUAAAUUAUGUGUAAAAAUGUAUAUUAUUUAUGAUGGUGCAUAUCUUAAAGGCUGGAUUUUAUGUUUUGCACUCAAAAUUGAAUAUCUGCAUGUUUUAUUUGUGGAAUUUUAAAGCACUUGCCUUAUGUCAAAGUGCAUACAGUUACAUUAUUUGUGAUAAAACAUUUAGUUUCAAUUUAUGGUAGUGCUAAAUUAAAAAUUAAUAAUAUUAGUUUAUUUGGAAUUUUAAAGUCAAAGAAAUUGAAGAUGUCAUUUUGAAUUUCUACCUUCACCGAAUAUAAAAAUCAAGUAAUAUUGAUGUCGAUAUCUAAACAGAUAAAAAUCAAUAUAGUUUUAUAGAGAAUUUUAACCAGUUAAUGUGCCAUACUUUGUACAUUUAAUUAAAUAUUUAUUAACAAAAUAAAAUAAUUUUAUGUUAUUAACUUUGAAUGUUGAUCAGUAGUUUUUUUCCCCCCAAGAGAUUAAUUCUGUUAAGUGAAAACAAAGCACAGUUCACCAAGAGAAAUUAAAAUUAAAAAGGGAUAUUAAAUACAUGUAUUUAGAAAUAUUGAAAAAAAAUUGUUUUGUAAACAUAAAAAAAAUUAUUUUAAGCUUAAACAUAACGAUAUAAUUCAUGUAAAAGUCUUGCUGACUUCAGGUCAAAUUUGAACUGGUUGUUGUUUCUUAUGUAAUUUUUGAUUUGCAAUGCAUCUGUGAACAAAUUAUGUAUAAGGGUAUCUAGUUGUACAAUAUUUAAGCUUUUUCAUCUUAUAUAAGGCAUAAUUUUUGCAUUAUUAAGAAAAACCGACAUAAAACUUGCAAUAUUGAAUACCUGUAAAUUCACACUGUAAUGUGAUACAAGAGCUAAUUUCAAUGCAAUGUUUACCUGCUUUAGUAGGUUGUGUGUGUGUACCUAACAAUUUUUUGUCCGUCUUAUAUCUGUGUAUGAUGAUUUUGUAAUGAUGGGCAUUUUUUAAGCAAUUAAUUAAAAAUUUAUGAUUUUUAAUUUUAACUGUACAUUGCAAAUAUCAUACAAUGCUACAUGUGUAAUUCCUCAUUAAUGAUAAAACAUUUUUCAAUGGAUUGCAUAUACUGAGCCAUUGGAAUGACCUUCUCCUGUUAUAAUAUAUUGAUUAUCAAUGCAAUUUUAUGUACAGAACAUGUUUAUGUAUGUGUAAUUAUUCAUUUUUAUACCCCUUAUUUUGAAGAUCAUACAUUACUCAGUCCAUUUGUCUAUCCACAACUUUAAACAAUGGCCAAAUUUAGGAUUUUAAGUACACAAUAUAAAUUUUUUUAAUUGUUAAAGAUGAAAGUUUCCUAAGGUCAAGACCAUUUACUGUUAAUGUUACUCACCAAAGGUAAAAUAAAUAUGUACCACCGAGGGAUGGGUCUGGGAUGGGAGAAUUAUGUUUUUUAAACACUUCUUUUUUUCCAAAGACAAAUAUGUAUGAAGUAUAUAAUUUCCUAGUCAAUGCAUUUACUCAUCAUGGAAUGUAUGCAAGAAAUUAGUAUUUUUUCUAAAAACUGCAUACAUGUAAUAUUUAGAAAGAUUCCCAUGUGUUGUGUUGUUCCUUUGCAGCUUGGCAACCCUGACAAUCUGCUUCUUAAUUGUACUCACUAGACCACUCACAUUUUUGAAUAUGAAUGGCUUGAUAUUUCUUUGAAAAAUAUUUGUCAGAAGGAAACAUACAUGUUAAUAAGAAAUAUAUUUAUUAUUAAUUUAAUGUAGAUACAUGUAACUUGUUUUCAGGAAUUGGUUAUUUAAUAUUUCUUUUAUCACAAAUACCAAAUUUAUGUGUAAAAUUACACAUAUUUAGUUCUUGGAGUACAGAGUACCUGUAUUUAGACUUCUGAUGACUGCAUUAACACUUACAUCUCAUCUUUUUUGAAAAUGUACAUUUGUAAAAUCACUAACCCAUUGCACUGAACAAAGUUGCUUCAUUUUGUGAAAUGUCACAAAGAUUAAUUAAAAUAUGAAUAGAAGAAA